AUGUGUGGACCAGAAGCCAAAAAGAAAAAGAUGGGAAAAGCUAAAGUGAUGGAAAACGAACAGGCCACAGAAAUUUCAUCUUCUUCUGAAGAGACAACUGACAACACCAAUAACAACACUUUGGAAAAUUCCACGAAUAUUUACACAGAAGAUCUUAGGGAAAACCUAGCAGAUAAGGGAGAUAAUCAAUCACCUGAUCACCAGCUUAAUAAUAAUGAGGAAAAACCAAACGCAGGAAAGGACACAACUGACUGUGAAAUUAUACCAUCUCUAUCACCAAACUCGGUAGAAGCUGGCACGAGCAUGAUGAUAGCUGUGCACAACUCAACCACUGAACUACCAGACAAAGAACAUCUUACUCUAGUGAACAAAGCAACAGUAUCAGAUUCUUUAUUAGAACUGGACCUAUUAGAAGAAUCUGCUAAUAAAGAAAAAACACUUACAUCAAUGUUAGAGAAAGAAUACCAAAACAUCUCAAU